AUGAAUGUGUCUUCCACCUCCGAUAUUGAAAUAACCUUCUGGCACACUUGGGCCUUGACAGUCACUCAUGAGGCAUGUGAAUAUACCGAACAGAAAUUCAUUGCCGAGAAAACAGGAGGAGACCCAGUCAUACCUUCUCCUAAGCUAGACACCAAUCUGGUGAUGGCUUGCGAUCAAUUGGUGGAUUGCCUCAUAAAGGCAUAUAACAAUCCCAUUCGGAUGCAGAUUGAUAUUGCAAGAUACAGCAAAAUAAUCUCCCUGAAGGACACUGGACAUAAUGAAGAAAGAGAGGCGAGGUUGCUUGAGAGGUGUCCUCCUGGCCAUGAAGGUACAAAGUUGGUCGACAUACCCACCACAGUGCUCGAUGCUACCAGCGCCAUCAUUGCGUGGUACCUCCCAGAUGCCCUGACGGAAACCACCCAGAAGGAAAUUCUGGCAGCCUCCGAUUUGCUCAGUCCGAGCCUUGCAAAAAGUGUAAAGGUUGAUGGGAGUUGGCAGACUAAUCAGGAUUGGUUCAAACCAAGCUCGGAAAAUGAUGGCAUAUCUCCCGGAUGCAUCAAUCUAUCUCCGGCUUGGUUUCAACAGGGGCACAAGAAUCUGUUGGACCCGGCGGUAUCUGCCUCAUUGAAGGGACCAUUCUCCGAGAAUAUUCUCAAAGCCAUUGCCAGGCUGGCAGCCAUUGCAUCAGCUGCACUCAGGGUGAUGCAUCCUGAGCAGUACUGGGCAGGGAUACAAGCCUUUUUAAGCCUCGGACAAUCAGCCGAAAGCAAGAAUCUUCCGAGGAUGUCAGAGACCCUCCAGUACUGGGCAUCCGUGUUUAACACCCUCACCGUCAUUUCCAAUCAGCAAACCCCCAAUCAUCGAGACCACAUAUCCAUUCCUGAAUGCUUCAAUAUUCUCACCACUGUGGGUAGUUAUUCGAAUGCUCGCAUGAGUAUGCCAAGUCUUCAGCUGGAGUUCAUGAAGGAUCGUAAGACAUGGGGUUCAUGA